UCUCAUUUUCAUGACAAAGCAAUUUUCCGGUUGCUAGGCCUCCCCUGUGGGAUAUAAAAAGGGAGUGGGGGAUCAGAGAGAGAGCGAGCACCACCUCACACGGACUUCAGGGAAACUACCAGGGCUAAACCCAACUAUCAACGAUGGGCAGGAUCAUCUUCUUCGAGGACAAGAACUACCAGGGCCGUCGCUAUGAGUGCGACAGCGACUGCUCCGACUUCCACGCCUACCUGAGUCGCUGCAACUCCAUCCGGGUGGAGAGUGGAGCCUGGGUGCUGUACGAGAGGCCCAACUACACUGGCUAUCAGUACGUCCUGACCAGGGGGGAGUACCCAGAGUACCAGCGCUGGAUGGGCCUCAACGAACGACUCUGCUCCUGCAAGAUGGUCCACUUUGCGGGCGUAGCACCAUACCAGAUCCAGCUGUACGGAAAGGGGGACUUUGCGGGCCAGGUGUUCGAGGCGACUGAGGACUGCCCCUCGGUCCUGGAGAAGUUCCACUGGAGGGAGGUCCACUCCUGCAAGGUCCUGGGGGGCUGCUGGGUCUUCUACGAGCACCCCAACUACAAAGGACGCCAGUACUUCCUGGAGAAGGGAGAGUAUCGCAAGCCCAUGGACUGGGGCGCUGUGUGUCCCACCAUGCAGUCCUUCAGACGGCUGACAGAGUAACCUCUUCACCCCCACCACCCCGGCCCUCCCUUUCCCUCCGGUCGUACCAGCAAGCCUGCUCCUUCUACGUCACCACCAAGCUAGGGGCACCAGAGACACACCAUCAGCCGAAAUAAAAAAACCUGAGUGGAAAG